AGUCUUCAAGAAGGUGCGAUAAUAUAAAAAGGGGUCACCAGGCAGCCCCAGCCCCAGAUACACCCCGGGUUACACAUGGCAAGGAUCCACCAAUGAACCACAGCUAUGGGCCACAUACAGUGCCAACCUUAUUUCACUGUAUUUCAUCCACUGUAAAUAUUGGUAAGCCAAAUCGUCGUCCAGCCAGCCUUUGGGCAGCCAUUUAGGGCUUCGUACAUGAAUAUUUAACGCGACGAUCUCCGAAAGCGAAAAGUUUUCCUAUAGUAUUCCCGGAACGGGAAGUUGGCGUUCUGAAGUAGUUCCGAUAUCUGCACAUCGUCGCGCUGAAGUGUAGUCCGACCGCAACUACUGUAUAUGACUCAUUAUUAACUUUGUGGCUGCUUAGCAACUUGUUGAAGGAAUCAACAUACAUAAAUCUUUGUUUUCCAUGGUAAUUCAUUGUGGGUAAACCAAUCAGGUCCAGUGUUUGCAGAAUUUUAGCAAAUCACCGAGUACUUCUUCACAAUGACAAUUACCAACUCACCUGAUGAAAAUGAUAUCAACAAGGCCGACGAGGUCAACAGUGACCCUAAGCAAGCAUCAGCCUCUGCCAGCGAGGUCACUCCGCUCUUAGCUGCAUCUCCCAUAGCUACGACAGCUGAUCCUAGCGUCGCCUCGGCCGUCGUAGGGGAGAAUGAGCCACUCCUCUCUAAACCCGAUGAGAAGGAGUUACCCAAGUUUCAGAUAUUGCUACUUUGCUUCGGGCGGAUGAUUGAGCCCAUUGCCUUCUUCUCCAUCUUCCCAUAUAUAAACCAGAUGGUGCAGGAUAAUGGACAGCUGGAAGAAGCAGACGUAGGCUUCUACGCCGGAUUCAUCGAGUCCAAUUUCUCGCUAGUCCAAAUGCUAGUAAUGAUGUUCUGGGGCCGAGCAGCCGACCGCUGGGGUCGCAAGCCCGUCCUCGUAGCCUCUCUAAUCGGGUUAUCCAUAUCGACAUCUCUCUUCGGCCUCUCCCGGACAAUCUGGCAGAUGAACCUGCUGCGUUCUCUAGCCGGUGUGUUCGCCGGAACCAUAGUAACCAUCCGAACCAUGAUCUCCGAGCACAGCACCGCGAAAACGCAGGCCCAAGCCUUCAGCUGGUUUGCGUUUAGCGGGAACGUAGGGAUGUUCAUCGGGCCUCUGCUCGGAGGUUCGCUCGUCGAUCCCGCGCACCAGUACCCGCGGGUAUUCGGGGGCGUCAAGUUUUUCGAAGAGUAUCCUUACAUAUUGCCAUCGAUUGUAGCCGGGUGCAUCGGGUUGGCGACCGCACUCGUAGCCGCAUUGUUCGUCGAGGAGACGCUCAAGAAAGAUAAGCGAAGCCACCCUAAACCCAACCCCACCGACGAUGACGACACCGAAGCAACAGCAGGCGCUCCCAAACGCGCCCCAAUGAGCACCCUCGAGCUCCUGAAUUCCCCCGGCGUCAAGAUCGUCCUCUAUAAUUACUCCCACGUAAUGCUUCUCGGCUUCGCCUACACAGCCAUCGUCCCCAUAUUCUGGUUCACCAACGUUAAGCUCGGAGGUUUCGGUUUCAGCCCGCUACAGAUCUCCCUGAUGUUGGGGCUAACCGGCAUUUCGCAGGCCACAUGGCUCCUAUUCAUUUUCCCACCGCUGACGAAUCAUCUCGGCACAAACGGCGUGUUGCGAGCCGCCGGGACCGCGUAUCCAUUCUUCAUGGUCAUCAUGCCAUUCAUGAACUUGAUUCUAUACCAAGACACACCUGCCGCGAGAACUGUGUUCUGGAUCGUAAUGCCCAUACUCCUGGUUCUCGGAUCAGGCGUCAGCAUUGCCUUCACGGGAGUCCAGCUCGCGCUCAACGACGUCUCUCCUUCUCCGGAGACUCUCGGUAUGUUAAACGCGAUGGCCUUGACGGCCAUGAGCGGUCUACGCGCUUUCUGCCCUGCACUCUUUUCGAGUUUAUUCGCCGUCAGCGUCAAAAAGCAUCUACUUUGGGGUUACCUAGUCUGGCUUAUCCUCGCAUUACUAGCUGGAGGCUUCACCAUUUCGUCGCGCUUCUUGCCGCAGACUAGCGAGAAGGGGUAUGAACGUGUGGCGACGGAGCCUGAACAAGAGGAUGAGUGAUGAUAAAUUCGUGUGGAAAAGCGUUUGAAAAAAGCUAGAGCUCAUCAACUUUAGCAUAGGGAUUCGAAGGAUUUCUACCUAGGGAGUUUAGAGGGAUUUCUAGAAAUGUAGGCCAAGGCAGCUAGGGCAGCUCGGGUAGUUUCCUAAUGUGAGACACGGGCUGACGGGCACGAUCUGGUUAAUGUAGGAGGUCGGUAGCGUCUUGGACGGUCUGGGCGGAUUUAAGCCAGCCA